GUUUUGGUGGGCUGGUGAGUGUGCGCUUAAUUUUGCUCUCUAAUUGUUUUGAAUUUCUCUUCCAUUUGAGUUAUAUACCCAGGUGGCAGGCCUUUAUUUCAAGUCGGCAUUGGAGUGUGUGUGAAUCGCAAGGAGAUUAAUUUCGGCUGUGUGGAGGUUGGGAGAAGGCAGUGAAAUGCUCUUCCUGGCUUGUUUCCACGUGGGCCUCUGCAGUACUGGCUUUGCCUUCCAUCUCCGAGUCCUGGUGACCCAGGAACAAUAGACUGUGCUUCAUGUGCACAGUGCGUGUGUUCUUGGAAAACGCCGGCUUCAUUUUGCUUGGCGGUAAAGAUAUUAUCAUCCUAAUGCUGUUUUGGUUUAUAUCUCCCUGGGUGAGGUCAGAUUUCGGGAGAAGGCGUUCAGCUCAGUAGAGUUUAAUUCUCCGGUUGAAGAUGAAAUCCACGGAGGAGGGAAGUCCAGCACCCUGUGUGCCAGUCCAGAACUGGCCCAUCUGUAGACCCCCUGAAAAUCAUAUGGGCUUGGAUUUGGAUAUUCUCAACAGAAAGGGUUAAAGGCUGAUGGUACCUAAAGCCUGGUACUUGAAUUUUGAUCAAGAUAAGCUGCCUUAAGUUCUCUUCAUUACACAAAUGAUCCUAGAUAAUUGAUAGAUCCUGUGGUUCAACUGGAUUUCUAGAUAGAAGCUGGAUUCAUGUGAUGCCAGAGGAGUAAAAUUUCAAGAGACUGAAACCAGAUCUGAGUUUCGCUGUUCCAGUCUGGACCUCUUUGGUACUGUAAAUCCUGGAUAUACUGUAGAUGAGUACUGCGUUUUUCUUUUAUGGACUCUCUUCAGCUUCUGGAGACCUCACUAUCCUAUUAUGUCUUUGUGUGAAGACAUGCUGCUUUGUAAUUAUCGAAAGUGUCGCAUCAAACUCUCUGGCUAUGCAUGGGUCACUGCCUGCUCUCACAUCUUCUGUGAUCAGCAUGGCAGUGGUGAGUUUAGUCGCUCACCAGCUAUCUGUCCUGCCUGCAACAGUACCCUUUCUGGAAAGCUAGAUAUUGUCCGCACUGAACUCAGUCCAUCAGAGGAAUAUAAAGCUAUGGUAUUGGCAGGACUGCGACCAGAGAUCGUGUUGGACAUUAGCUCCCGAGCACUGGCCUUCUGGACGUAUCAGGUACAUCAGGAACGUCUCUAUCAAGAAUACAAUUUCAGCAAGGCUGAGGGCCAUCUGAAACAGAUGGAGAAGAUAUAUACUCAGCAAAUACAAAGCAAGGAUGUAGAAUUGACCUCUAUGAAAGGGGAGGUUACCUCCAUGAAGAAAGUACUAGAAGAAUACAAGAAAAAGUUCAGUGACAUCUCUGAGAAACUUAUGGAGCGCAAUCGUCAGUAUCAAAAGCUCCAAGGCCUCUAUGAUAGCCUUAGGCUACGAAACAUCACUAUUGCUAACCAUGAAGGCACCCUUGAACCAUCCAUGAUUGCACAGUCUGGUGUUCUUGGCUUCCCAUUAGGUAACAACUCCAAGUUUCCUUUGGAUAAUACACCUGUUCGAAAUCGGGGCGAUGGAGAUGGAGAUUUUCAGUUCAGACCAUUUUUUAUGGGUUCUCCCACAGCACCUGAACCCAGCAACAGCUUUUUUAGUUUUGUCUCUCCAAGUCGUGAAUUAGAGCAGCAGCAAGUUUCUAGCAGGGCCUUCAAAGUAAAAAGAAUUUGAGCCACGCAUGGUGUCUCGCACCUGUGAUCCCAGCUACUUAGGAGGUUGAGGCUGGGAGGAUCACUUGAGCCCAGGAGUCUGAGGCUAUAGUGAUCUAAGAUCAUGCCACUGCACUCCAGCCUGGGCAACAGAGUGAGACCCUGUUUCUAAAAAAAAAUAAAGAUAAUUUAGCUAACUUUACAGAAUGUUUCUAUGUUCAUCUUUAGUGAUUUCAUUUAGCAAAUCUUUUUUCUAGAUAGGACUCCCCAGCUUCUCUGUGCUUUUAAGUCUCUGAAGUUGCUUUCACAUUAUCAACAUAACAAACUCAUUGGCAGUGGGGAGUGGUUUAGAGUCUGGUUUCUUUGUUUCUAUUAUUUAAAGCAUAAGCAUUUUAUUAAUCUCAAUUCCAUUGUGAACUGCUGAAUUUUCAUCCCUAGUGUGAGAAGGUCACAGUAGUAUUUGUUUCAAUAGAUAACUCUUUCUCCCUGUGCUGUUUCUCACUGAGCUGUGGUGUUUAUGCCUUAAGUACCUGUGUUACAUGCUACAUGUUGCUUUGAAUUCUGGUAUUUAUGCAUAUCUGUAUAUGUAAGUAUGUUAAUGUACACUGAUAUUUUGCUGUAUUUGCCAGUAUGUUUAUGUGAAAAUUUUGGUCUUGGAAAAUGGUGGGUGAUGUGUGGCUUGUUAUUUGGGUGUGUGUAUUUAUUUGUAUAUAUUUAUGUAUUUACCUUCGUAUUAACUUGUUUGGAGGUGUGCUUAUGUCAGUGAACGAGAGUACAAUUUGAUGCAUGUAUGUUCAGUCCCUAUUUGUAUUUAAAAAUAACUCACUUUGAUGAAGUUAUUUUUUAAAGUUAAUUUUUUUGGCAUUUACAGUUGGCCCUCUGUAUCCAUAGGUUCUGCUUCUGCAGAUUCAGCCAACCAUAUAUCAAAAAUAUUUGAGAAAAAAUAAAAAUAAUAUAAAAAAAUACAAAUUAAAAACCAAUACUAUAUAACAACUAUUUGGAUAGCAUUUACAUUGUAGGUAUUAUAAAUAAUUUAGAGGUGAUUUAAAGUAUUUGGGAGAAUCUGUAGGUUAUAUGCAAAUACCAUGCCAUUUUAUAAAAGUGACAUGAGCAUCCAAGGAUUUUGGUAUCCGUGAGGGUUCCUGGAACCAAUCCCCCAAAGAUACCAAAGGAAGACUGUAUUUUAAAAUAAAGCUACUUCUUUACCUUUUUGUCAACUGUUGCCUUGGGUUUACUUAUUUAGGAAUGUACUUCUGCAGAAAGUUUACCAAUGUGUUAUUGAUCUCAAGAGAUUGUAUUAAAAUAAAAGAUUUAUUUAUUGUUUUCCUUUA